GAAAUGGGAAAGAUCCAUACCUAGUAUAUCGCACUCGAAGAUACCCUCGUCAAUACAUCACCGAUGUUUCUGGUCUCGGCGAGAGACAUGAGGACAACUCUUCCCCGACGUCUUUGGUCUCCUUUCUUGUUGCUGCUGCUAUCCUUUCUAGUGCUCUUUCUUCUACCACCUGUUUCGAGCAUCAAGCCUCCGAUCAACAACAGCAUUGAGAUGAGCAACAUAAAUGAUCGAUUAAAGGAAUUGGACAUUGCCCUGAAAGAUCCACCAGCUCCCAAGGGAAAUUAUUGCUUGGCGGUCCGCACAGGCAAUCCACUCCAUUUAUCGGGCCAUUUGCCUCAAAAACAAGAUGGCAGAAGCAUCUGGACCGGCAAGGUCGGAACCGAUUUGACUGUUGAGGAAGGAUACGAAAGUGCCAAGUGUUGUGCCAUUCAAUUACUGGCCACGUUAUCGCAAUUCUUGCAAGGAGAUUGGAGUCGCGUCGUGCGUGUGGUGAAAUUGGUGGGAUUUGUCCAAUGCGCCGAUUCCUUUCAUCAACAACCCGCCGUCAUUAACGGAGCCUCGGAUCUGUUUGUGAAGGUAUUCGGUGAUCAAGUGGGCAUGCAUGCCCGGUCUGCCGUGGGGACCAAUGCCUUGCCCUUGAAUAUUGCCACGGAAGUCGAAUGUAUUGUCGAAAUCAAAGAUUAGCCAGAUAGCCACUGGUAGCUAGCUACCGUAGAAGAUACCGGUGCGAGAUUGCUUGGUGGUUGGCUGGAAGACCUACAGUGCACUACGGAAAUAUUCAUUCGGUCGUCAGUGCCAGCUAUUGUAGCAGCAUUAUAUUAGUGCAAUGGAAAAGCCAUGGUGGCGUGCCACCAUACAUCGAACGUACAUGCAGAUACUUUUUGUAUGUAACGUUUAUCCAUCACGGAGUGAGUGAGUGAGUGGAGACCAAGAAGGAGUGUUGGAUUUUAAAAGAAUAACUUAAAGUGUAAUGU